AUGCAGAAGCAAGAGUUCUUGGAACUGUUUGAGGCAGCGACUCGAGCGGCUAAAGCUGCGAGAGGCGGCGAGAAUUCUACAGCUGUCUCGAGAUGUCUUGACGCCAUGAAGCGUUUGAAAAAAGCUCCCGAGUCUCUUGUUUGUGACUUGAUCAUCAAAACCUCCUCCUCCAUUGGAGAGAAUCACAGUCUUUUCACGGAGCACAAAAACACCCAAAUCCGAUCAGAGGCAAAGCUUCUUUACACUCUUUGGCUGUCGUAUCUCUACGCCACCGGAAGAAAACAAAACCGACCGCCGGUGGUGAAGAAGAAGCGUGUGGAGAUUUCGACGACAGGAGAUUCUAAGCGAGACAAAGUACGUGAGAUUCUUCAAACUUCGUUGUCUAAAGUCGCCAACGAGGUUGUUGCUGAGACGGAGAUGAAGAAACGAGUCGUUUCUUGCGAUCCAUGGACUGUGGCCGUGUCGGUGGAAACUGCCAUAUCGAUUCUGUUCAACAUGGGAGAUAGUAACAAUCCAGAUCUGAGGAGGAAAGUGCUACUUGGUGAGAUCAACGGAGAGAGAUUAGUGACGAUGGACAAAGAAGAGUUGGGGAGCGACAAGAUUCAGAAGGAAGUUCAACAAAUCAAAGAGAAAGCAAGAUUUAGGGAAGAGAAUCGUCUGAAGAUGAUGAUGCUUCAAUCAGAUCAUAUGAUCAUGAUCUAA